AUGGCCUCGCGCCAGCGGGAGCGUUACCAGGCCGUGAGACAUGGUUCUGAGAGCUCUAGCACCGGAAGUCGACAUUCGCAUGACACCCUAAGGCAGAACAACCGAUCAUCUGGAGCUGGCCGUUCCCUCCCUUCCCAGGGUCAGAUGGGAACGGAGAACAGGUCACAGUCCAGUUCGAGACGUCCCUCGUCGGUUUUUGACGAUGUCCCGCAUGUCCCCUAUCUCUCUGAAUCUUCGGACGUGUCGCCGACAGACAGGCGUUCGUCUUACGGGUUUCGUAACCAUAGAAAAGCUCUUGCUCGACUAGAUACACCAGACUAUCCUGCAAGCAAAAUGUCACGAAACAAUCCUCCGACGAUAAAUCCUCGCCCCCCUCCUUCUCUUCAUCCUGUACCACCUUCUCCGUCGUCCCCUCUUCCUCCAACAAGUGCCAACCAAGGAACCUUCUUCAACGAUUCGUCUGAAUUUGAGACUUCUCCAUCCCUCCGCCCAGCAACAGCUCAAUCCGUUGUAAGCAAUUCCCCUGACCUCGGUUAUGACAAUGACGGUCGUAGGCCGUCAAUUGCCAGUGUAGCGACUGGGAGUAGCGGGGGUUCAAGGUCCACUGGCAGUGCGCGGUUUCAUAAACGACUGCAGGGAUUUUUCGGCGACGAAUACCAAGAUGGCGUCUCCAUGGAGCGAUCUAUAUCGAACCGGGUACCUAGCAUCGCCCCAAGCCGCGAUAGACACAAUUCGUUGAAUUCUUCAAACGCGCUAGAAAGACGACCAUCUCCAAACCUCUCUGCACCUCGUACCCCGCUACCGUCUAGCGAAGUCACUCCUUGGGAAUUCCAGGACUUUACGGAUAUACCUCAUCUAGGAGACGCUCCGGUUCGCGAGGAGCCUACAAAUCCUAACGGUAGAUAUCCCCCCAGUAGUUCAACUAUAAAACCAAAACAUCGAUUGCACUUCGGCCACCGCCAUAAUAGGAGUAAAGAAGACCAGGCUAGCGCUGCUUCCUCGCAGCAGUCCGCGAGUCGUGAGAAUCUAAACCAUCCUCGCCCAUCGAAAGACCAGCCCCUCGGGACUUCGACGCCAAUGAGUAUGUCAACCACGACACUUGCUGGCCGCUCCACAAGUCCGACUCCCAGCGCACAAAGUAUCAAUCAAGGCCAGAUGUCACCCAGUGUUCCGACACCUAAACGCUCCUUCUUUGACAAAAUUCGAAGACCCAAAGGCCACCACCCUUCGGCUCUUCUGAAGCAUUUUCCAACCUCCUCAAGCAUUCUCCAGGAACCUUUGAAAGGUCCUAAGCGCCUAAAAGCCGAGAUGUCGCCUGCUUCCCGUUCUAGAAACGGGAGUGGAGAGGCAACAGUUCCUGGAGGACAAUGGGAGUAUAUCGAUUAUGAUCGAAAGAAAGAACCCUCCAGCAAGGGUGGCCCCAGUAAACUGCGACAUGGACGACUACCAUUUGGUCAUGAUGGUGGGUCAAGCAAAGAUCCUUUUAAACAGGAGCGCGAGACGUUUCAAGGCGAGCAUGUCUAUCUUGACACAAAUCUUGGCGAUAUGGAAGGAAUUAUCCGACAACCUAGACCCGGCUCACCUACAGAUACAGGGGAUAUUUUCACUGGCGCUGACUAUGGCACUGCUAAAAGCGAAUCCCGAACAGUUCUCGAUAAACCUACGGCAGGUGAUUGGCAUGCGCCGGACAGCUGGGCUGUGAAAAAGCCUAGUGAUGAUAUCGUUAGCAGACUUCCCGAGCUUGCGGAGGAUGAUGCUAGCUUGUCAGUGGACGAAGACGGGCAUCCUUAUUGUGUUCGAGUCUUUCGCAUUGAUUCCACUUUUGCGACGCUUUCUGCGGGCCUUAAUACCACAGUUACAGAGAUUCUGGAGAUGCUUGGUCGCAAAUCUUUCCUCCAAGACGAUUUAAACAAUUACGAUAUUGUCAUGCGGAAAAAUGACCUAUCAAGGAGAUUAGAUCAGGGAGAGCGGCCGAUUCUUAUGCAGAAAAGGCUACUCGAACAGGUUGGGUACCAGAACUCUGAUCGGAUUGCAGAUAUAGGACGGGAAGACAAUAGCUACCUUGUCCGCUUCACCUUUCUUCCCACAAAACUGGGAAUUUACUCGAGCCUGGACUCGGAACUCGCAUUCAACGAGAAUCAAAAAUUCAGCCAUCUAGACCUUCAAAGCAAGAAUCUCGUCACGAUUCCUAUCAAGUUAUAUAAGAAAGCGCCAGAAAUCAUCUCUCUAAAUCUAUCGCGAAACCUAGCACUGGAUGUCCCGAAGGAUUUUAUCCAGAGUUGUAUUAACCUGCGCGAUAUUCAAUUCAUGAGCAACGAAGCGUGGCGUCUCCCAGCGAGUUUCGGUUUGGCAACCCGGUUGACAUACCUGGACAUCUCGAACAACUGCUUAGAGCAACUAGAGCACGCUGAGCUGCAUAAUUUGCAUGGACUUAUCAGUCUAAAGAUGGCCAACAACAAGCUUUCGUCGCUGCCUUCGUACUUUGGCGAUUUUCCCGCGCUCAGACACUUGAAUAUCUCCUCCAACAAUUUUCAAUACUUCCCGGAGUUUUUGUGCAAGUUAACCUCCCUAGUACAUCUUGAUAUAAGCUUCAAUCAGAUUACGGAGUUGGCUACUAUUGGUCAAUUGCGAUCACUGGAAAGGCUUUGGGUCACCAAUAAUACAUUGAGUGGACCACUCGGAGAGACAUUCCGGCACCUGGUGAACCUCAAAGAAAUGGAUGCUCGGUUUAACGAUAUUACUGGUAUUGAUAACCUCACGCAGCUUCCUCGUUUAGAGACGCUCCUCAUCGGCCAUAACUCCGUAUCUACGUUCUACGGCUCGUUCACGAAGCUGCGGACUUUGGUGCUUGAUCAUUGUCCAGUGACAGAUUUUCACCUUACUGCUCCCGUUCCUACACUCCAAUCCCUCAACAUCGCAUCAGCAAAGCUUGUUCAGUUCAAGGACUCACUAUUCACUAACAUGCCGAAUUUGAUGAAACUCUUUCUUAAUAAGAACCAUUUCGUCACCCUGUCGCCAUAUAUCGGGCAUCUUCGACGGCUUGAACAUUUUAGUAUAGCAAAAAACCCGUUGUCUCAGUUACCACCGACCAUUGGGUGUUUAACUGAAUUGAGGAGCUUAAAUUUGAGGGAGUGUAAUCUAAAGAAGCUUCCGGCAGAAAUAUGGUACUGCCUACGUUUGGAGGUCUUGAAUAUUUCAUCCAAUGUUCUUGACACAUUUCCUAAACCAGCAACUUCCCCUCCCAAACUCCCAACCGCGGAGGUUCAAGCGAAUGGCACCGGCACCCCGAUGUCGACUCCUGGCUUAUCAAGCUCGGCUAGCUACGAAGAGCUUGGCAAGCUGGAAGGGUUCGAAACCCGACGACCAAGCCAAGCUUCGGGCGGAUAUCUUAGUGCAGGCAGCCCCCCUGCUGACGCUACCAGGAAGCUAUCUGUCUCGUCACUUAGUGGGAGACAACAGGCCGCCGCGUCUCGACCGGGAGCGGAAGCAUUCAGAAAGGAUUCGACUUACUCGCAGAAGAUGUUGAACACGUUCGGCGGUUCGUUGAGGCAAUUAUACCUCGCGGAUAAUAGGUUGGAAGAUGACAUUUUCCAUCAGCUCGUAUUGCUUCCCGAAUUGAGGAUACUGAAUUUAUCGUAUAACGAAUUGACUGAGCUUCCGCCAGGAGUCUUGAGGAGAUUGCAGUUUCUGUCGGAAUUACAUCUUUCCGGAAAUGAGCUUAGCACCCUCCCUUCGGACGACCUUGAAGAAUCCAGCAAUCUCAAAACCCUAUACAUCAAUGCAAAUAAGUUCCAAGUACUGCCCGCUGAGCUAUGCAAGAUCAAUAAACUUGCAGUAUUGGAUGUUGGGAGCAAUUCUCUUAAGUACAACGUUUCGAAUUUCCCGUACGAUUGGAAUUGGAAUUGGAAUCAUAAUUUAAGGUAUCUCAAUUUCUCAGGGAACAAAAGAUUUGAGAUCAAGCCGAGUUCAUCAUACGCAUCAGGCGUUGGAAAUAUAAAUGGAACGGACCUGACCAAUUUCAAUUCGCUCAAUUACAUUAGAGUGCUCGGGUUGAUGGACGUUACGCUCACUAUUAGAAAUGUCCCCGAAGAGACUGAGGAUAGACGUGUUCGCACAUCGGCGUCGGCAUCUGGAUCCAUUUCCUACGGAGUUGCGGAUACGCUCGGUAAGAAUGAGCAUCUGUCAAUGAUAGAUAUGGUCGUCCCGCGUUUCAGAGGAAAUCCCAUGGAAACUAUCAUUGGACUCUUUGACGGCAAUACAUCGCUAAGCGGCGGCUCGAGAAUCGCCAAAUACCUCCACGAGAACUUCCCUGCCGCGUUCGCAAAUGAAAAUGCAAGUGAUGCCCUGCGAAGGUCUUUCUUGGCAUUAAAUAAGGAUCUAGCAACAGCAGCACACAAGUCGAUGGAUGAUAGAGAGUCUCGGCACUGGGAUCGAGCUUCUGGCAUAGGGAAAAUCCUCAAUCAAGACGACAUUCGGUCAGGAGCUGUUGCGACGAUUCUCUAUAUCCGAAAUAUGGAUCUCUUUGUUGCCAAUGUUGGUAACGCUCAAGCUGUUCUGGUCCAAUCAAACGGUCAACAUAAAUUUCUCACUCGGAAUCACGAUCCUGCCGAAAAAUCAGAAAGGCAACGCAUAAGGACUGCUGGUGGCUUCGUUUCCCGAAAUGGAAAAUUGAAUGACCGCUUGUCCGUUUCCCGAGCCUUUGGCUUUUUCCAUUUGAUCCCUGCCGUCAUGGCUGCGCCAGAUACUCUGAAAGUCACGUUGACGGCGCAGGAUGAAAUGAUUAUUCUCGCUUCUGGAGAAUUGUGGGAUUAUGUGACACCAGACGUUGUGACGACCAGUAUUCUUCUCACUAGCAAGAGGGUAAAACGGCCCCGUGAUGCACCUAGCGACUCCAGACUGGCAAGACUGGAUCGUGUGGAAGCUCCAACUGGAGAGUUAGCCAUCGUAUUCACGGAUAUUAAAAAGUCCACGUCACUAUGGGAAACGUACCCCAUCGCCAUGCGAUCCGCGAUCCAGAUACAUAAUGAACUGUUCAGGCGGCAACUGAGUCUAACUGGUGGUUUCGAAGUCAAGACGGAGGGAGACGCGUUUAUGGUUUCCUUUAGCACCGUUACUGCAGCUUUGUUAUGGUGCUUUACUUGCCAGACUCAAUUGCUUGAUGCACCCUGGCCCACUGAGAUUUUGGAAGCGCCUGCCUGCCAGGAACGAUUCGAUGCUGAUGGGAAUCGAAUAUAUCGUGGCUUGUCGGUUCGAAUGGGAAUGCAUUGGGGCCAGCCUGUGUGCGAAAGGGACCCUGUAACUGGACGUAUGGACUAUUUUGGGCCUAUGGUCAACCGUGCAUCGCGCAUUUCGGCAGUCGCAGACGGCGGUCAAAUUUUCGUUUCGUCCGAUUUCGUCGCAGAGAUUCAGAGGACCUUGGAAGCUUUUGCGGACUUCGAACGAAGUAGCUCCACAGGUUCGGAAGAUACGUUUCCUGACGAUCUGUUGAACAACUCCAUUCGGAAUGAUUUAUAUCAGCUGAGCACCCAGGGCUUCGAAGUUAAAGAUCUCGGCGAACGCAAACUGAAAGGCCUUGAGAACCCGGAGUUUGUGUACUUGAUGUAUCCGCAUUCAUUGGCUGGCCGGCUGGCUUACCAGCCUGACUUGUCUGAAGAGCGAGUUGAAAUGCCGGUCCCUGGGACUCUGGGGAGAAACUCGAAACUUAACAUUGAGGCGGAUCAGUUCUGGCGAUUGAUGAAGAUAGGACUUCGUCUAGAGGCGUUCUGCAGUGCCUUGGAAAACCCGAGCGCGUCGACAUUGAUCGAGCCUGAUAUCAACCUGAUCAACGCACUCAAGGCUAGGGGCGGUGAGAUUACUGAUUCUUCGGUUUUGAACCUCCUCGAACAUCAGGUCGCUCGUAUUGAGACUUGCACAAAUACGCUUUCGAUCCGCCAUAUGAUGCGACCCUUUAAGCCGGGUGAUACGCUUGAAGAUCAUGCCGUUCCCAUGAUCGACAUUAUCAGACAGCUCCAAGUUCAACUAGCCGAGUUCAAAGCGUUAAAAGAACAGAUCAACAUCGUCAAUCCCAGCAUAUCUGUCCCGCCGCCGUCCACCGCUUCAAGCGGCACGCCGCUUCGCCGCGCGGUAUUUUUGGGCAGCGAGCGGGCGUCAUCUACUCCUACCAUUGUGGAUCUUGGCGGUGAAGGUUACGCCGACGAUGAGGAUACCACGGAGUUCGAGCCUGUUUGA